AUGGGGGCCCCAGAGAAACUUGGGCAGGCGGAGACCUUCCAGAGAGCAGCAGGGCAGGGAGCUCUGCUGAACUUCCUGAAUGCCAGUGAGCCCGAGAUGCUGGAGGUGUGGGAGCUGGAGAGCAGCGAUCAUCCCGAGAGCACAGCAGCUUCUGGGCUGAAAGGCUGCUGGGGAACUCAUGAUGUUUCUGGGGAUUUGAAGUAUGCCAGAGAUUUACAGGAACCUUUGCUUCCAGUACCAGGCCACCCAUUGAGCCAGGCCAAGGAGACGGAUCAUCCCAGCAGUCCUGGUCUUACGAGUGACAAAGACCUGAGGGACGGCUUUGGAAAGAUUCGUGCUGCGUUGUGCAAGUUGGCUGUAAAGAACUUAGAGCCAAAGGAUGUGGAGAUUUUUGAGAAAGAGAUGAAGAAAAGGAGAGAAGAGAAAAUAUCCUUGCAGCUGCCUCCACAAACAGUUGAGCCCAGGGAUGCAGCUGAAGCAAGCUUUAGCCUACCACCUCUCAACGACACACCUUCCAGUGUGCAGAGAAAACACCCUGGUAGUGCCUUGAAGAAGAAAGUCUUGAGAAAGCAGGACAAAGUCCCCUUACUGCCCGUGACCUCGCAGACGGCCACUGGUUCCCAGCGCCGAGAGGAGCUGCUCCGUGGGCACGGGCACAAGGACACAGCCUGUCCUGACCCACAGCAGUCCCUGCUCCAGGCACUCUCCCUGCUCCGCAGCGAUGACUGGGAGAUGAAGGAGAAAGGACUUGUCAGCCUCAAACACCUGGCUGGGUGCCAUUCAACAGUCCUGCUUUCAAGACUUCGUGACAUUUGCUUGGCAGUUACCAACGAGGUGACCAACCUCCGGUCAAAGGUGUCCCACUCGGCCAUUGUCACUCUGGGGGAGUUUUUUGCCAUCUUGAAGAAGGACAUGGACCCUGAGGUGGAUGAGGUGGUUCGGGUCAUUCUCCAGAUGCUGCGUAACUCCCCAGAGUUUGUUGAGAAAGCAGCCAGUCAGACCCUGGGGAUCAUGGUGGAGAAUGUGACUCCUGCACGAGCAAUGACUGCUCUCCUGGACAGUGGAGUCAAGAGCCGCCACAUCCAGGUGCGGAAGUGUGCGGCUGAGCUGCUCCUGUCCUUGCUGGAGAAAAUUGGAGUCACGGAGCUCGCAGGCACAGCCAGGGCUGAGAGGUUGGCGCAUGCGGGGAAGGAAGAGCAGAAGGGUGAACGCCCCUCUGUCAAGAACCCUGUGAAGAAGAGGAGCAAUGUCUCAAAGAAGUCCCAGGCCACAUUGCCUUCUAGUCAACGGGUGAAGUCUACCUCUCAUGGACGCCUCCUGCAGCGUCCAAAAGCCCAGGUCAUGUUACCUCCAGCUGUGGAUGAAACAGAGCAGCUCCAGAAGCUUUCCAGUCUCCUGGAAGCCAAGGGGUGUGAGGCACGGAUGGAAGGAGUGGCACUCCUCCUAGACCUGUGCAAAAACAGCCCCCAGCUCAUCGCCACUAACAUUGUCCAAAUUUUUGAUUCUUUUGUCCUGAGAGUUGCUGAGAGCAACAAAAAAGUGAAGCAGAAGGCACUGAAUGUGCUGGCAGAAAUCAUAGCCAUCCUGAAAGAUGCCAUGAACCCGGUGAUUGUCCUUUUGGUGGAAGGAAUAACAAAGAGCCUGAACUCAAAGGACCCCAGAGUUCAUGGUGCAGCUGUGAACGCUCUGGAAGAAUCCAUGGCUCACUUAGAUAAAGUAUCACUGAUGAAAGAGUUCAGCUACCAGUGGAAUCAACUGGGUGGCCAAGCUCUUCUGGAUGUCACAGAGCGUAUCACAGAGCUUGUGGAAGAGGUUUAUGCCAGCAGCCCUGAAGUUGUCCAGCAGUGCGCCCUGCCCGUGCUCUGGGCCUGCCUGGAGAACAAGGCGCUGCCUGUCCGCAGCGCCAAUGUCCGCAUGGUGGUCACCAGGCUCGCCUCUGCCCUCUACGAGGUGAUGGACACCAAACUGAGGAAAUGUGCUGCCAGCCAGCCCCGACACGUGCAGGACAACCUCUCCAGCAUUUUGGGCUGGUGA